ACAAACGCUAGACGUCAGUAGGGCGAUUUCCAAAGGUUUUUUCUCUUUCUGUUGUUUUCCGGGAGAUAAACUGAAGCUGAACUGCAGCUGGUUCAAGAACCUGUCUGACUUUCUCUGUUUUGCACCUUUAAUCAUCAGGGAUUCACAGUCGGGAUGGCAGCUGUUAAAAUGACGGAGGGUACAGUGCAGGUGGAGAGCUGCAACGCGCCACUGUUCUACAGACAAAGCCAACCUGUGACAGGAGAAGCAAAAGUGUCGGUUCUGCUUCUUCACGGCAUACGUUUCUCUUCAGAAAACUGGCUCAGCAUCGGCACCCUGGAGACUCUGGCCAAAGCAGGUUGCCGUGCGGUCGCCAUCGACCUGCCAGAACUUGGUCAGUCUAAAUCAGCCAAAGCACCAGUGGCAGUGGGAACACCUGCCCCUGCAGGUUUCCUCAAAGAGGUGUGUGAGCAGCUGAAUCUAACCCCGGUGGUGGUGAUCAGCCCGUCCCUCAGCGGGAUGUAUUCCCUGCCCUUCCUCCUCGAGCACCAGGCUCUGGUGCGAGCCUACAUCCCUGUCGCUCCCAUCUGUACGGACAAAUUCACAGCGGAGCAGUACCAGAGUGUAAAGGUCCCAUCGCUGAUCGUUUACGGUGACCAGGACCAUCAGCUCGGGGAGGUGUCGCUCCGUAACCUGAGCAAUCUGGCCAAUCACAAAGUGGUGGUGAUGAAGGGAGCAGGCCACCCCUGUUACCUGGACGACCCAGACACUUGGCACAAAGCUCUUACAGACUUCCUUAACACGCUGUGAAGCUCUUUGCUGUGCAUUAGCGGCGCGAUCGCCAAGAAUGCGGUCACGCAAAAGCAAACACAUUAAUCACUCGUGAAGAAUUGAACUCACGUAUUCCAAAUGCUUAACCUGAUUUGUAUGUUUUGGUAACGUCUGCAAAUCGGGCCUUUUCUAAUGAUGACAGCAGAUGAACUUUUCCUUAAAAGGUUUAAGCCUGAAGCUUUUUGAGAAAUAUUGUUUCUUAAAUGAGAAAACCUGAUGUCAGUCUUGAAUCUGUACACUAAACACAAAGCUCAAGUCUGCAGCCGACUACUGAACCCAGGCGUGUAGGAUAACGACACGUGGAUCUCCCAGAUCACUGAACAGCGUCCAUUAUUUCCACUCUGGAAACUUUGUUUCCUGUUUCGUUGUCGUAAAAUAUUUAGUUUGAGUAAUUUUGGUUUAAUUUAGGUGACUGAACUGUAGCUUCAGUCACCUAAAUUAAACCAAAAUUACUCAAAAUUACUCAAACUAAAUAUUUCACUAACAUCAUAUAAAAUGACCAUGGUUGUUUUAGUGUUUGUUGCGUGCACACAAAACUGCAAGAGUCUUCCAACGGGCACCUGGUCAAGGCUGCGAAGCAGUUGGAAACACUUUGAGAAGCAUUUCUACAAAUGGGCAAGAUAGAAAUGUGUCAAACAUGUGCCGCUUUUAUGUCACAGUGUUUCUGUCCUAAUGCAGUUUAUCUGACUUUGCAGUAAUCAUUACAGAACUGCCUGAAAACAGCACAAACGAUGCCUUAAAUCUGCCAAAGACCAUUUUUCUGUGUAACUGAACCCAAGUUUUAAUAAAAGAAUGACACUUUA